UGCUGGAGUUGUACUCUAUAUGGACGAAGUCCGUGCCUACAACUACUACAAGCUAGCACACGAAAAAAGCAAGCAGGCAAGAAAGAAUAACAAUAUGUCCGUCAAGCAUCUCCGGACGCCUACCGCCGGACCCGGGCGACGCCUCCACUUGCCGGUGCUGCACCUCGUUCCCGGCCUCCUCCUGCUGCUGCUCUCGCACUUGGCGUCGGCGUCGGCGUCGACGAUGGUCACCCACCUGCCAGGAUUCGAUGGCCCUCUCCCCUUCUACCUCGAAACCGGAUACGUGGGCGUGGAGGAGGAGACAGGGACGGAGCUCUUCUACUACUUCGCCGAGUCGGAGCGGAGCCCCGGCACGGACCCCGUCAUCCUGUGGCUCACCGGCGGGCCUCGCUGCUCGGGCUUCACCGGCUUCGCCUUCGAAGUUGGCCCCGUAAAGUAUGUGCUGGCGCCGUACACCGGCGGUUUGCCGCGGCUGGUACAGAACCCGCUGUCAUGGACCAAGAUGGCGAGCAUCAUCUUCCUGGAUUCGCCGGUCUGCUCGGGCUUCUCGUAUGCUCGUGACCCCAAAGGUUGCGAUGUCGGAGACUACUCAUCCUCUCUGCAAGUCCAAAGAUUCCUGAAUAAGGUGACGAUCGAGCUGUCCCAGUGCAAUAAUUCAGUACUACUUCCCCGCAAUAAUAAUAAUAAUAAUAAUAAUAAUAAUAAUAAUAAUAAUUCAGUACUACUGAGUACUGACCUCUCAAUGGCUGGCUGUCUAUGCGUGCAGUGGUUCACUGAUCACCCACAGUACCUUUCAAAUCCUUUCUACCUUGGAGGAGAUUCAUACGCGGGAAAGGUGAUUCCGCUUAUUGCACACUACAUGUUACAAGGAACUGAAAAAAGGGAGCAGCCUCUUAUUAAUCUCAAGGGCUACCUGAUCGGUAAUCCUAUAACAGACCCAAAGUUUGAUAAAAAUUUCCGAGUUCAAGGGGCUCAUGGCUUUGGGAUAAUAUCUGACCAAAUAUAUGAGGCUGCAAUGAAAAACUGCAAAGGGAAUUAUGUAAUCCCCGAGAAUCAACUGUGUGCUGAGGUGCUAGAAACUGUAGACAAUCUCAUCUCUGAAAUCGCAGAUGGACACGUCUUGUACAAAAAAUGUGUCGUCGCCACGCCAAAGCCCAUAGAUGAUGCUACAAGAAGAAAAUUUCUGCUAGAAGAAUCAAUCGAGCCAAAUGAAGCGCCUGGCCGACCUACCGUCGAUUGUUUUACAUACGGUUACUACCUGGCAUACUUCUGGAUGAAUAACAAGAUGACUAGAGAAGCUCUCGGGAUCAAGGGGGGAACAGUUGGUGAGUGGGUGAGAUGCAAAAAAGAACUCCCCUACACACAGGACAUGCCAAGCAGCAUACCGUACCAUCUUAAUCUCACCACGCGAGGUUACCGUGCACUCGUGUACAGCGGAGACCAUGAUCUCAUGGUGCCUCAGCUCAGCACGCAGGCAUGGAUAAGAUCCUUGAAUUUCUCCAUCAUCGAUGACUGGAGGGCAUGGCAUCUCGACGGUCAAGCUGCAGGGUUAUUUCGUCGGACUCUCUUUUUUUUCACUUCGGCAUGCACAAACAAGAGCUUCAUGACAUGUGCACUAUCUUUUCUUAUGAGCAACAUACCGUUUCUAUUUUGCAGAUUUACCAUCGCAUAUGCGAACAAUUUGACAUUUGCAACAGUAAAGGGUGGUGGUCAUACCGCUCCAGAGUACCAACCUGAAGAAAGCUUUGCCAUGGCCCGAAGGUGGCUUGACAAUGAGCCACUCUGAUGCUUUUACCCCACAAUUCUUUCUCUCUUAACAAAAAUCCUUGUAUAUUUAAUUUGCAUCUCUCCACUUGUAAAGAUGCACUCAAUAGUGCUGGUCCAUAAAAACGCCUUACAUUUUGAGACGGAGGUAGUACAUCAAACACUAUUCUUUUUCUCUUCAUUGUAAGAAUGUUCUUGUGUGGGGCAUAAAUACAAUUCCCUUAAGAUCA